CAACAGCAGGCCUAUGCCUUUGUUUUUCUAGGAAUUGGAUCUCCGCCUUCAGCGCAAGAGAGACUUGUUGCUGGAUCCCUGGAUGCUGACUAGUGCUUCAGAAUCUCAAGAACAGCUACUAAGUUCUACUUCUUGACGUGCGUCUUUGCCCCUUAGAUACAUCCAGAUCUUCUUUUUCUGUCCGAACAGGAUAUUAAUAGCGGCGAUGCCUAGAGAAAAGGAUCCAUUUCGGAGGCAUGUGACGUUCCUGAAUGAAAAGAACAGCAAGUGGAGGUGUAACUUCUGCAGACAGGAGAAUGGUGGUGGGGCCACAAGGAUCAAAGCUCACUUGGCUGGAAUUGGAGGCUUUGGUAUUAAAGGAUGUGAGAGAGUCGAUGUUAAUGUAAGAGCAGACGCCAAAGUCGCACUGAUGGCUAGAAGAGUGAUGGACUCAAGCGACCGAGGUGUAUCUGAGGAAAGGAUACAAGGAAAUGUUAGAGCCGCUCCGACCAGCACAUCCAAUCCACCAAAUGUGGAGGGAGGAACCAAUUUACAGUUUCCACAAGGUGUGCCUCCUUUGACACCACAAACUCGUGGAUGGAUGGAACAUAUGGUGCAGGAGGACAGGGCGGUCAACCUCGCAAACCUCCCAUUGGAUGGUGCAACAAGUUACUCUAGUGCAUCUCCCCCGCCAAAUUCAUUCUUCCCUAGUUCACCAAAUGACCUGUUGCCCUUUUUAACUGAGUCUCUAACAUUAAAUGCACAACAGAAUCCAAGUGCGUCGUUGCCAUCACAAAACUGCCAGCUCCUUGAUUGUACUUCUCUGAAUGAAUCACCGGGAUCCGUUUUGCCUGGUCCCAUUGCAACAGAUACUCAACUCACUAACAUGGCCACAACCAACGCUCCCCAGCAUUCCAAUCAACCAGAUCAAAGCUUCCACAGGCAGUGUGGAUAUGGCACUGGUUUAUCUCCUCCACGGGCUUCCAUGGACAUGGAGCCACUUAUUCCAUCACUACCUUUCGAUGAACCUCUGAUUUUCGAGCCAUUGAAUUCCUCUCUGCACAUUCCAGUGGACAUCAUAAACACAAUAGGCCCAUCAACAUCAGAAGGGAUGCUGAAAGGCGCACCAGCAAGGGCAUUAUCAGUCCAGUAUAAUCAAUUACCUGAUGUAGGUAAUUCAAAUUGCUUUCUGGAUUGCAAUCGGCCGUGCAUAUCCAAUGAAUCAGAUAUGAACGAGGAUAUGAACGAGGGUGCGCCGAUGACGAGUCAUCCAAACACAGGCAACAACUUUGAAGAGAAUAGAGUUUUGAAAAGAAAACUAAAGCGACUCUAUAGCAGAGAAGCUGACAUAAGAGAUGAGUUAGAAUUUGCUGCAUCUCUAUCCCUAAAGAAGCCAAGAAUGGAAGUUGCGAAUUGGUUGGCAGAUGUGGAGAGGCUUAGAAAUGAUUCCCAUGGUACUAAAGCAGCAAGUGAGGAUUGUCUGCCACCAAAUCAACAAGUGGAUAUACUGAUGCAAGAAGCAGAAGAUCUUAUGAGGCAAGGUAAAUUCCCAAAAGGACUACUGGAGGCGGGAGAGACCAAAGGCAGUAAAUUGUUAGAAAAAAAGUUGGUGGGAGAGGCAUUUGAGAGAAAUACUACAAAGGUUUUGGAGUACUUGGUAGGGAAUCAAAUAUCUCGAUUAGGCAUUUAUGGAAUGGGAGGUGCUGGUAAAACGACUAUUAUGGUGCAUAUACAUAAUAGACUCCUCGAAAAAGCAAAUUAUGGCAAUGUGUUGUGGAUCACUGCAUCCCAAGAUUUUAACACACAAAAGUUGCAGGAUGACAUUUGGAAGGAACUAGGUUUGGGCACACUACAAGAGAAGGAUGUGAGGAAACGAGCAGCAAUGUUGUUCGAUUGUUUAACGGAAAAAGGUAAGUCUACAAUAAUCCUCGAUGACUUGUGGGAACAUUUUGAUCUUGAAGAGGUGGGAAUACCUACUAGAGCAAAUGGAUUUAAGUUGGUCUUGACCACUCGAUCCUUUGAUGUAUGCUGCCAAAUGCAAUGUCAGGAGAAGAUAAAAAUUGAAGCUCUAUCUCAAAAAGAAGCAGAGAGUUUAUUUAUGGAGGAGCUUGGAUCCGAAGUGGCACUUAAUUUGGAGACUAAAGGAGUUGUGAAGUCCAUUGUUAAAGAGUGUGCAGGCUUGCCGCUUGGCGUCAUCACAAUGGCAAGAAGCAUGCGAGGGGUGACCGAUGUGUUUGAAUGGAAGGAUUCCUUGGUGAAAUUGAAAGAAUCGGAUAUGGGGCAAACAAAUAUGGAAAGGAAGGUCUUAAUGAAUCUAAAAUUCAGCUAUGAUCGCCUUGGUAAUCAUGAAGUUCAACAAUGUUUCUUAUCUUGUGCACUUUAUCCAGAAGAUUAUUUAAUUGAUAAGUUUGAGUUGAUAGAAUUCUUUAUUGACCAAGGAUUGAUUGGUGGAUUGAAUACAAGGGAGAAACAAUAUGAUAGAGGCCUCACCAUACUGAAUAAACUGGAAAAUGUUUGCCUAUUGGAAGAUAAUGGGAGCGAGAUGAAGAUGCACGAUUUGAUUAGAGACAUGGCAUUGCACAUCAUGAGUGCGAAUUCGAUUGUAAAAGCAGGAAAGGGGUUGACGAGAAUACCACCUCAGGAAUAUUGGACGGAUGCUUUGGAGAAAGUUUCUCUUAUGAAGAAUGGAAUUAGAAAAUUUCCUUUGAAAAUGUCACCAAAUUGUCCUAAACUAUCAACGUUUCUAUUGAAUGGAAGCUUGUCAUAUGAUGUAGUCAUCCCCAAUUAUUUCUUCAAACAAUUAUGGGGGCUGAAGAUUCUAAACCUUAGUAGAUGUAAACUAAGAGGACUUCCAAAUUCCAUCUCAGACUUGGUAAACUUGAAAGCACUAUUGCUUAGAGAGUGUCAAGAAUUGCGCAAUAUUCCUUAUUUAGGGAAGCUCGAGUCUUUAAGAAAGUUGGACAUUUGUGGCUGUAUUUUCCUUCGAGCACUCGAGGGUCUAGAAAUGUUGGUGAACUUGAGAUACCUUGACUUAUCUUAUACACAUAUAAGGAGAUUACCAAAAGGGACAUUGGGGGCUUUGCUAAACUUGCAGUAUCUUAAAGUUCAUGCAGUAAAUGGAGAAGACAUUGCAAAAUUGUGGGCAUUGGAGACACUUGAAUGCUACUUUGAAGAUGUGGAUGAUUUCAACAAGUGGGUGAGGGUUACUAAGCAAAGUAAUAACCCUCGCUUUUACAAGCUCAAAGUGGAUAAAAAAGAAUCGAAGUUUUAUGUGGAAGUAAGUGAUGAUGCUAGAUUUGGGAGUGAGAGGAGAGUCUACAUUGACGAGGAGAGUCAUGCUAUUUUGUGUGUGGGAGGGGAAAGUAAUGGCAUUUGUAUUAAGAUUCCCCAAGAUGUGCAGACAUUGACAUGGAGAAAAUGCCACAGUACAACAAAUUUGUCUAGCAUGAGUCCGCUUAAAAACCUUGAGGAGCUAGAUAUAAAAGAAUGGAAUAACUUAGGGGUACUUUGUGGAAGACAGGAUGAAGUAAUCGACAUCUAUGACUCUCAAGCCCCAACCCCAAUCCCUCUCCUCUUCCCAAGCCUUAGGAUUUUGAAAAUAUCUCAUUGUCCGAAACUGAAGUAUCUAUGUGGGCAUGGGUCUAAAUUCUAUCUUCCACACUUACAAGAGAUUGAAGUAUCCGACUGUGAGGAAAUGGUGGGGAUAAUAGCAUCAGUUACGUCUCCACCACCAUGUUUGCCCCCAGCCUUCCCUAGUCUAGAAGAGAUCUAUGUUGUGCGGUGUGAAAAAAUGAAGAGAGUGGUGGAAUCUAAAUGGCUGCCCCACUUCCCCAUUCUGAGAAGAAUCACAGUGCGCUGGUGUGAGAACAUGGAGGAGAUAAUUGAAGGUCAUCCCCCAUACAUGCUAGUUGAAGAGAUUUCUCUCGAAUCUCUUGAGGUAAGAGGUUGCGAUAAUAUGAAAAAGCUGUUUCCGCAUGAGUUGCUGAUCCAUCUUCGAAAUAUUCAAAAUAUCAAGAUUAGUUUAUGCAAAGGAAUGGUGGAGAUAAUAAGCAGAGUAGGACAAGGCGAAGAAGGAAGUGUAAUGACUCCCGUAAAGAGCCCUUCAUCUUUCCAGUCUUCAAUUUCUCUCCCAAAGCUGAGGUGCUUGUGGCUAUGUGAUCUACCCCGGCUGAGUAGCAUAUGUGAAGUCCCAAUAACUUGCAACUCCAUUAAAGCUAUACAGGUGUCCAAAUGCCCAAAGUUGAGCAGGAUUCCUUUGCAACUGCAAUUACGGGAUAUUGAGGACCUCGCAUGGAUUGAGGUGGAAGAUGAGGAACUGUGGAAGACGCUGAAAUGGGAUCAUUCCAAUGCUCAAGCUAUUCUAAAACCUCAUCUCCAUUUCCGUGGCAGUAGUGUGUUCUACAAUGCCAUAAGUCCCAUUAAUGCUGAAGAAUGGUGACGCUGACGGGAUGAUCGAAACCCAG